AUGGCCAACCAGACUUUUCAUCUUCUUCCACCUGCUGCUGCCUCUACAAAUAUAUACCACGCUCCUCGUUCUCAUCCUCACGCUCUCGUCUGGUGGAUUUCAACACCGGCCACGAAAGUUACCUUGUCAAAAGAAACAGCUGGGCCAUCUCCCCGAAAGCCAUCCCUCCACCCCUUCUCUAGGCUUCCACUUGAGCUUCGACUUAUGAUCUGGCAAUAUGCCAUUCCAAACGAUCGAGUUAUAGAGAUACGAUCUUGGGGAAACCCGGCCAUACGAAGAUACGCACCCAUCAAAUAUAGCGUAGCUCCCCACCGACCGCCAGCAAUCCUCCACGUGAAUCAAGAAUCCCGGCGCGAAGCCCUCCGCAACUAUCGUCUCAUCGAGGUCGGAGUUUCAACAUGGCUAGAUUACGAUUCUUUAACCACUUAUAUCCCCUGGACGUACCACCCUGCAAACCCAUCUUCAGAUCGCAAAUACACAGUGCGAGACAUCGUCACCCGCCUACCCGCAGACGGCAGUCUCCCUCUUGAUCCCACAAUGCCUUACUCACCGCAAAAGAUUUACAUCGACUACUCCCGAGACACAAUCUAUCUCGGUCCGGACUUCAACUACGAACGCCUCAAGGACUUCCUCGCCACCACGGGCUCCUAUCAAGAAUUACCUGGCUUGCAGUAUCUUGCGCUCGACCGUAAAUUAUGGCUUUAUGGCCGCUGGGAUUAUUUACGGUCGUCGCUUUAUUCACUAUGCAACCGUCCCAUCAAGGAAAUAUAUAUCGUGCCUGAUGAUCAGAAGCACGCCCUCGAAGACAAGUUUUAUUACCGCAAACAUGAAAUUCAAUUGAAGGAUCCGGAAUUUAAGUAUAUCUUUAGGACGUUUGGGCAGUCGGAGCUGACGAAGACUUGUGUGGAGAAUUUGGGAGAGUGGUUCGGGAGGCUGUGGAAAGGGGAGGGAAGGGAGGUACCGAAAGUGAGCUGGAAGAGUAUUAGGAGGGCGGGAUGCAGGGUAGGAGAGUAUAGGAAGGGGGCUUGGGAGGUGCAGAGGGUGUUGGAGGAUAUGAGCGGGUGGAAGACGUGGAUGCCUGAUGAAGGCGCUUGA